AUGAAUGAAUUUUAAAAAAGAUCUAGUUAAAGAUAAGGUACAAUGGAACCAGAUGCUUAAGGAUUAUCUAUUUAGUAUGUUGCUGAUGAAUAAAAUCUACAAACUUAAUAUCUUGAUUUAAAAUUAGGAAGAGAGGAUUCUAAAAAUGUAUUAAUAGAUUCUAAAAAUAGUAAAAAAGUGUUUUUGGUAAUUAAUUUGGCUAUGCUACUAAAGCCAUUACAAGAAUUAGUGAUACAGCAGAUGAAGAAAUUAAAGAGGCAUUAAAUUUUGAUAUUUUGAGAAUUAAACCAGGAAAACCUUAUAAAGGAGCAAAAACAAAUGAAUCAAGAGAAUCUGCAUAUAAGAUUCUUGAUAUUUUAAAAUUAAGAGAUUAUUAUUCAUUUGAUGGUCAUGAAUAAAGUUAAAUUUCAAGCAAAUUUGUUUAAUAUAAUUCUAAAAAUGAACCUUAUAUAAUUUGGAAUAGAAGAGUUGAUGUAUUACCUAUUUUAGAGAAUACUGAAGUUUUAUAAGAAAAUGGAAUUAUUUUUACAAAAUCAGGUGAUAAUAUUGAUGUAAUUGUACCAACAAUGUUAUAAUUUAUAAGUGAUUUAAUUAAUCUAAUGAAAUGUGUUGGUAAUAAUUCAAUUGCUAGUUUUUGUUAUGAUAGACUGAAAUUCUUAGAAUAGAAAUUUUAGAUGCAUGAAAUGUAAUAUAUAUAAAUAUCAUUUCUAGUUUUAAUCAUUAAAAUGAAUAAUUAGAUUAAAAAAAUAUUAUAAGAAGAGAUUUUUAUAAUGUAUUUAAAGUAGAUACUCAUAUUCAUCAUUCAGCAGCAAUGAGUGCAAAACACUUAUUAGAAUUUAUCUAAACUAAAUAUGAAAAUUGUGGUGAUGAUCAUGUAGAUAUUAAUAAAGAUGGUACUAAAAUCCGUCUUAGAGAUAUUUUCAAAAAUAUUAAUGUUGAUCCAAUUGAUUUAUCUUUGAAUUCUUUAGAUGUAUAAGCAGAUAAAGGAAUUUAUAAAAGAUUUGAUAGAUUUAAUAAUAAAUAUAAUCCUUUAGGUACUCCUAAAUUAAGAGAGAUAUUUCUAAAAACUGAUAAUUAUAUUAAAGGUAAAUACCUUGCAGAUUUAACUAAAGAAUUGAUGGAUUAAUUAGAAAAACAAUAAUAUAUUGGAUGUGAAUGGAGAGUAUCUAUUUAUGGUAAAUAAAUGGAAGAAUGGCAUAAAUUAGGAAAAUGGUUAAUAAAAAAUAAACUCUAUUCAUCUAAAGUUAGAUGGAUGGUAUAAAUUCCCAGACUUUAUAGUGUAUAUAAAAAAUCUGGUAUGAUUAAUUGUUUCUAAGAUAUGAUUGAUAAUAUAUUUAGGCCAUUAUUUGAUAUUACAAUUAAUCCAACAAUAGAUCCUUUUCUAUAUUAAGCAUUAUUCUAAAUAACAGGUUUUGAUACUGUAGAUGAUGAAUCUUUAUAUGAAUAUUUUGCAAUAUCAGAUCUUACAUAAUCUCCUAAAGAUUGGGCUGGAGAUCGUAAUCCACCAUAUACAUAUUGGAUUUAUUAUAUUUAUGCCAAUUUAUAUACAUUAAAUGCAUUAAGAUAAUAGAGAGGUUUAAAUACUUUUAAAUUUCGACCUCAUUGUGGAGAGGCUGGAAAUGUAGAUCAUUUAGCUACUGCUUAUUUAAUAUCUGAUGGUAUAAAUCAUGGAUUAGAAUUAUAAAAGUCACCAGUUUUAUAAUAUUUGUUUUAUUUAAAAUAAAUUGGGAUAGCAAUGUCACCAGUAUCAAAUAAUAAAUUAUUUUGUCGUUAUUAAAAAUCUCCUUUUUAAAAGUACUUUUAAAUUGGUUUGAAUGUUUGUUUAUCAACUGAUGAUCCAUUAAUAUUACAUUUAACUAAUGAACCAUUAUUAGAAGAAUAUGCAAUUGCAUCAUAAAUUUUUGAUUUAUCAGCUAUUGAUUAAGCUGAAUUAGCUAGAAAUUCAGUUAGAUAAAGUAGUUUUGAAAAAGAAAUAAAAGAUUUUUGGAUAGGAGAGAAUUAUAAUGAUAGAAUUUCUUAAAAAAGUAAUUUAUUAUUUUAAUAUAAAUUGUAGAUGCUGAAGAUCGAAAUAAUUUACCAGCUACAAGAUUUAUGUAUAGAAAAGUCACUUUAAAUGAAGAGUAUGAACAUCUUGAAAAAUUAAAUUUUGAAGAUUUAUUUUGA